GUUCUGCUUUUCUGGCACUUUCAUACAAUGGUGCCCGUGCACACUGUUAUGUUAUCAAGCUUACUCUCACUACAACUGCUACUCCACUGGCCAGCUACAAGUUUCCUUACCCUGAACACAUGGCAGAGGACAUUACGGCCCCGAGACGUGGCUAGGACUCAGACCCAGAACAUCCAGCAGAUAAGAGAAGAAUGUCUUUGAGAGCUGAUGUAGCUCAGUGUGGUGGAGUGGUGGUGGAGUAUGAGAAUGAUGACAUCAGAGAGGCACGCCAAAGAAAAAAAGGGAGUAUACCAGGAUCCGCCCUCUUCUACCUCAAGGGCCCGAAGUUUCUCAUAUAUGUCAGUGGAGCGUUGUCCAUGUGGGGUGACCGCAUGUGGCAUUUUGCCAUCUCUGUGUUCCUGAUUGAACUGUAUGGGCGAAACUUACUGCUGACUGCCAUCUUCGGGCUGGUGGUGGCUGGUUCUGUGCUGUUACUGGGCGCUCUGAUCGGAGAUUGGGUCGAUCGCAACCCAAGAAAUAAAGUGGCCCACGCCUCCCUGUUUAUCCAGAACAUCUCGGUGACUGUGUGCAGCAUCGUGCUGAUGUUGGUCUUCUCAUAUAAAAAGUGGGUUGAGGAGAUCUGGGACGGCUGGCUGACUGUGGUUUGUUAUAUGGUGGUGAUCGUCCUGGCAGAUGUGGCUAACCUUGCCAGCACAGCGCUCACCAUCGCCAUCCAGAGGGACUGGAUAGUGGUCAUCACAGGCUACAACCGUGGUCACUUAGCGGGGAUGAAUGCCACCAUGCGACGGAUUGAUCAAGUUACCAACAUCCUGGCACCGCUGGCUGUGGGCCAGGUCAUGACCCUGGCCUCAAACGUGGUGGGCUGCGGCUUUAUCCUGGGCUGGAACCUGGUCUCCCUCAUUGUGGAGUUUAUCUUCCUGUCCCGGGUUUAUCGAAUUGUUCCGGCGCUGUCCGUCAAACCACCGGUUACAGAGGAGGAGAACUAUCUGCAGAGGAAGCGGGAGAGGAAGAGCUCCCAGGGUGAAAAUUCUCUAAGGCAGACGGUGCUCCUCACUGAGAAUGCUGGAAGUGUGUCUUUGACAGGGCAGACUGCCAUGCUGCCCCUGUGCUUCCGUCGACUCCAGGGGCUCCUCAGCACCUGCAAGGAAGGCUGGAGGGCGUAUUACAGGCAGCCAGUGUUCCUGGCAGGUUUGGGCUUGGCCUUCCUGUACACCACCGUGUUGGGUUUUGACUGCAUCACCACAGGCUACGCCUACACCCAGGGCAUCAGUGGGUCUCUGCUGAGUUUGCUGAUGGGUGUAUCAGCUGUGGCCGGGCUGCUGGGAACCAUCAUGUUCACCAAGUUGCGGAAGGCGUAUGGACUGGUCAACACCGGCAUGAUCUCCAGUGGCCUGCAUCUGGCCUGCUUGCUGCUUUGUGUGUGUUCUGUGUUUGCUCCGGGCAGUCCCAUGGACCUGGGCACGUUACUGCAUGGUAACGCGUCAGACCUCGGAGGAAUGACUGGUGGAGGACACCAAAGACAUGGAUACUCACUGCAGGGAGGCAGCAACCAGCCUCUGCUUCCUGACCGAUCCUCUAUUCACUGGACCAACAACACAGUGCUGUUUGAAAAUGCACCACCGGGGAGCACCCCAGAAUCCUAUGUGUCCAUCACCCUGCUGUUCCUUGGAGUCAUCACGGCUCGAGUCGGCCUGUGGUCAUUUGACCUGACAGUGACGCAGCUUCUGCAGGAGACCAUUUGCGAGUCGGAGCGCGGUGUGGUUAAUGGAGUUCAGAGCUCCAUGAACUACUUGAUGGACCUGCUGCACUUCCUCAUGGUCAUCUCCGCACCGCAGCCACAGCACUUUGGCAUCCUUGUCAUCAUCUCCGUCCUGUUCAUCACCACGGGGCACAUCAUGUAUUUCCUGUAUGCCCGCAAGGCCAAGAGGAAACAGAGCCUCAAAACGUAAAUGCCACACAACAAUACAACACACCAAGGUGCAGAUUCUGUCCCCAGCAUGUGAAAUGGAUGUCUCUCUGCAUGUGAACUACACAGAACUGCUACAUUUGUCUCAGCCAUGACUCACUUCCACCGUUCUCCAUUUCCAGAUGCCUGUCUCUUUUGCCUUCUGUUAGUUAGUGUUUGGCCACAGCCCCAAACCUCAGGUGAACUACAGCGUUAAACAGCACCAUCUGCUAGCAGUCUAUGGAAGAAUGUGUUCCUAUCAGCCCAAAGGUCACUGGUGUCCUCCAACCCACGACUCUGUGUGACUGGAGUUCAUGGACUUUCACUUGAGCAAAUGCUAUAUUGUGGUAAUUUUAACUAAAUAGAGAAAAGCUUAAGUUGAGUCGCUCGCAAGCUCUCAAGCUUUUUUGCACAAAUGCUAACCAGACCCACUGCUGGCCCUUCGUGGUGAUUUGAACCCUUGCAACUGCAUUGUGAGGGGCUUUCUGCCAGAAUGGUAUGUGGCAUCAGGAAAGGUGCUCAAAGCCCUGUUCAAGAGGCAGAAGGCUUGGUGGAUAAACGGGAUGUGGUCAUUUUUACUGAACCUCAGUUAACCCUAAAGUGUCUGAUGUCAAAUAUCAUCUGAGGAAAGCUGAAGAUUCAGCAGUCAGACUCUUAAGGAUAGAACCUCUUCAACUAGAUCAUUAUUAUACGUGUACUUCAAGCGUUUCCAAGACAGGAAUUUACAUCUUGUCGUAGACUAUAUUUUCAUUUCAAAGGAAAAUCUAGUCCAAAACUAGGCUUAAUGCCUGUUUGAGAAACUGUGUCCAUGUGCCUUUGACUUCAUGUGUGCAAAGGAAAAAUUCCAUGUGUUGUGAAAAAUGUGAAGCUUUUAUGAGCUUAUACCCCACCUAUGAGUGCUGCCAUCCUCAUCAAAAACUGCUGUGAAAAAGUA